AUGUCGAGCCAACCACCCCACCCCGCCCUGCUCAUCCCAGGUCCCAUCGAGUUCGAUGACCAGGUUCUGCAGUCAAUGAGCCACUUCAGCGAGUCCCAUGUCGGCGCACCCUUUGUCAAGACAUUCGGCGAGGCCUUGACCAUGCUCCGCAAGCUCUUCCAGACCGAGGACCCCGCAUCGCAACCUUUCGUCAUCUCGGGUUCCGGUACCCUAGGAUGGGACCAAGUCGCUGCCAACCUCGCCGAGCCUGGUGAUGAUGUCCUGGUCCUGCACACUGGCUACUUUGCCGACAGCUUCGCCGAUUGCUUCGAGACAUACGGUGUCAAGGCCACUCAGCUCAAGGCUCCCAUUGGCGAUCGCCCUCAGCUGGACGAGGUCGAGAAGGCUCUCAGGGAAAAGAAAUACAAGCUCAUCACUGUCACUCACGUCGAUACGUCAACUGGUGUCCUCAGUGAGAUCGAGGCCCUCAGCAAGCUCGUCCACAAGGUCAGCCCCGACACGCUGGUUGUUGUCGAUGGUGUCUGUAGUGUCGGCAGCGAGGAGAUCCAGUUCGACAACUGGGGCAUUGACUGUGUCAUUACUGCCUCCCAGAAGGCCAUUGGAUGCCCAGCUGGUCUGAGCAUCGUCAUGGCUUCCGGUCGUGCCAUCAAGUCCUUCCAAAGCCGCAAGGUCCCUCCCACCUCCUACUUUGGCUCGUGGAAGAAUUGGAUGCCCAUCAUGCAAAACUACGAAGCUGGCAAGCCCUCAUACUUUGCGACCCCCUCGCCUCAGCUUGUCCACGCUCUACACACCACUCUUACUCAAAUCACAUCAGUCCCAUUGGCCGACCGCUUCGCUGCUCACCGCAAUGCAUCGCAAAAGGUCAAGAAGGCUAUCACCGAACUCGGUCUCAAGCAGCUGGCCGAGAAGCCAGAGAACCAAGCCAACGGCAUGACUGCCAUUUACCUUCCCAAGGGCUUGACUCCUCCUGACGUUCUGCCCAAGCUCAUGCAGCGUGGAGUUGUCUUUGCUGGUGGUCUGCACAAGCAGAUUGCCACUCAGUACAUUCGCUUUGGCCACAUGGGUGUCAGCGUCACUGAUCCCAACCGUGAUGACAUUGAUCGCGCGAUUGUUGCACUCAAGGAAGGCAUCACGGAAGCACAGGCAGCCAUGGAUCUUUCUUCUAGAUAG